ACCACUCCGACGCUGGCAGAGCCCAGGAACGAGGACGAUUCUCGCAUGUACCGAGAAUGGCUUCGAGUAUGUGACGAAGAUCACAGGCACGCCGACUACUACAUUGCCAUACUGCCAGCCAGGGUAAUCGUUACGAACCGGAGAGCAAUGGGACGAUACAUUACAUUGACCCAUCGUUGGCAGACGGACACUCCGAGAACUACUCAAGCUAACCUAGACGAUCGACGACAGGGUAUCAAGCUCAAUGAUCUACCGCAGAAAUUUCAGGACUCUGUACGCGCUACGAGGCAGCUUGGGGUUCGCUUUCUCUGGAUCGACUCUCUUUGCAUAGUUCAAGACGACGCGGGGGACUGGGCAGCUGAGCCGGGGAGGAUGGCCGAAGUGUAUGCUUCAGCUUACUGCACGAUCUCCCUUUCCCCUGCCGAAAAGGCACGCGGGAAUUUCGAAGAGGACGUGGAGAAGGGGGACUUGAGCCGGCGAGGAUGGAUACUUCAGGAACGGGUACUAUCACGUCGGAUUCUCCACUUCACAGGAGACGAAACGUACUGGGAGUGCGGUUCUGCGAUUCGAUCCAAGUCUGCCGGCGAGAUUGUGAGACCCGGGGACCGUGCGGGCGCUCCGGAGCCUUCGAGGCUUCUGCGUGGCGCACCGGAAGUCGGAUUCGCUAUGUUUCGCGAUUUGUUUGUUCGAUACUCGAGACUUGAGCUCACGGAGAGAUCGGACAGGCCAGUUGCCAUUUCGGGCCUUGAAUAUCGAUUAGAAGACCUUCAUCGAACAAGGAGCUUGUACGGAAUCGUUCGACGCUAUCUCGGCGAGAGCCUGCUUUGGCAGCGUUCCCAAGACAAGUGGAUGGAGCCUCUAUUCGACUUCAGAGACAAAGUCUCAUUCUGGUGUAUAAAGGGCCAGAGAGUGCCGUCAUGGUCUUGGAUGGCCUAUACAGGGGAAAUUGGGUAUAUAUCUAUUCCCACGGAUGGAUUACGCUGGAAGACCGACACCAAAUUCUGGGUUACGGGUGAAAAGGAUCUA